AUGAAAACCGUGACGCUGAGUGCCAAGAAGCGGCGGGGAAUUGGGGGCGGUCCGGACGAUUCGGAGGAGGAGUACGAUGCGCUGAACGAUGAGACGUUUGGGCAGGCACGGGAGGGGGACUGGGAGGAGCUGCACGAGGAUCCGGUCCGGUGGUUGGAUCAGCGGGAGGGUGGGGAUGGCGAUUCGGGGUCGGAUUCGGACUUGGAUAUGAACUUUUCCAGCGUUCGGAUUGACAACUUGGAGCUGGACGAUGAUAACGAGUCGGAGGCGAGGUUGCAGCUGGAUCCGAGCCUGUGGACGAUGCCGAGCAAGCCGGAGACGCCGCGGCCGCAGUUGCCACAUCCGGCGAUGCAGCAGCACCAUCCGCAGAGUUCGUUGAUGGCGGCGAUGCAGCACCAGCAGCACCAUCAGAGGAUAGGCGGGGGACCAGGUGGCCCCUUUGUCGGUCUUCCCCCCCAACUUCCCGCUGCUGAAUCCGGCUCAGAUGCGCAUCUGUUCGGUGGAGGAGAUCGAGCAGAACAUGAUCAAGCAGCAGGCGCAGCACUCGAUGCCGCCGGAGGUUCCCCAGCAGCUGCCGCCGUUUCAUCUUCCGGGCAUGGGACUGCCUCGUCCGCCGCCCGGAUUUCCCGGCAUGAUGAAUCACCAGCCGCCGUUGACGUUUCCGGUGAACUUUCCGCCGCCGUUGAACAUGGUUCCCCCGUUGGUUCAGGAGAUUCAGCAAAACCAUCCGAUGCUGAACCAGCACCGUCACCCCAGCAACAGGGUCAGAAUCGCUACCAGCAGCAGCACAAUAAUCGGCAGAAUUACCACCAGAACCAGCAGCAGAUGCAGCACCGUGCCAAGCUGAACCGGUCGGGCGAGUACGACGAGUACGCGAACCUGAUGAGCGAACGGGACAAGCAGUGGCUGCUGGCCUUUGUACUUAACGCCCAAUACCCACCUUAUGCCAAACCCAUGUGGACGUUCAUCCAUAAGCAUGCGUAUGGCCUGGUUUUUGACAACGAUACAAAAUACGCCUGCGUUGUAAGCCUCCUUGCAUAUUUAUCUAAACCUCCCGCUAAGUAAUUUCUAUCGUAUUGUAUUUAUUGUGAAGAUUGUGAAUUAUUUAUUUAUUUUUAAUGUGUAAAUUGAUGCUUUGAAUGAAUAUAUUGUCCUAUAAUUUGAUCUAUUGAUUGAGUUUUUAUUUAAUAAGUAAAGAAAGUUA